AUGCGCACCAGCAAGAAUAUUUCCCCUGCCUGCCUGACAUGUCCAGCUGCUAAUCAACCAGCAAACUGCAUAAGGGGACAACAGAGAGUGUUGGAGAGAGAAACAGAGGGAGAAGAAUACAACUGUGGGGACCGUAUAGAAAAAUCUCUAAGGACGGCACUACUACGAAAAACUAAAGAAACGGGGACCAUACCAUCUGCAAAAUUGAUGGCUGGCCAAGUGUUUUUGAGACGUGGAUGA